AUGUCUAAGCACCAUCCUGAUUUGAUCAUGUGUCGCCGCCAGCCAGGUAUCGCCAUCGGUCGCCUGUGCGAGAAGUGCGAUGGAAAAUGUCCCGUGUGUGAUUCAUACGUACGCCCCGAGACACUGGUGCGCAUAUGUGACGAAUGCAACUUUGGUACUUACGGCGGGAGGUGCAUUAUCUGUGGCUCGCCUGGAAUCUCCGACGCAUAUUACUGCGCGGAGUGUACUAGGUUAGAGAAGGAUCGAGACGGCUGUCCCAAGAUCGUGAAUCUCGGCGCGAGCAGAACGGAUUUAUUCUACGAACGGCGUCGUCUAGGCUUUAAAAAGGGAUAG